CGGCAGUCUUUAUUUAGCUCCGUUGAGUUGGUUGGUGGGAAUCAGCAGCAUGUUUUCAAGGCAAAGUGCAUCUUAUCACUGAGCAAAGCUGUGUUUUUUUAGAUACACUGAAGCUUUAAACAGCAGCAGCAGCCAGGUGUUAACACUGUACACCUGCAGGCUGCCAACAUGGCUUUCCUCAAGCUCAGUCUCCUCGUCAUCGUCCUCGUCUCUGACUGCUCCUGGGCUGAAGAGAAGGAGCUGUCCGUCUCCGAGCUCCUGUGGAGGGCCAACAAGGAUGUUGUGCACAGAGCAGACGAGCCCCUCGUCAUCGAUGACAUCGCUUAUGACAAUGAGAACGAGAGGAACGCUGAUCCCUGCACGUCCCGCGGCUGCAUGUGGGGAAAGUCCAACGACGGGAAGGUCUACGUGCCUUACACCAUCGCCGGACAUUACUCGUCUCGGGAGCGCUCCAUCAUCGAGCGCGGGCUGCUCUCCUUCCACGACGUCUCCUGCAUCCGCUUCGUCAAACGCACCAACCAGAGAGACUACCUGAACAUCCAGUCUGACAGCGGCUGCUACUCGUACGUGGGUCGCCGUGGUUACUCCCAGACGUUGUCUCUGGACCGGCAGGGCUGCCUCUACCACAGCACGGUGCAGCACGAGCUGCUGCACGCCCUCGGCUUCAACCAUGAGCAGUGCCGCUCCGACAGGGACCAGCACAUCCGCAUCCUGUGGGAGAACAUCCAGUCUGGCUGGGAGUACGCCUUCGACAAGAUCAACACUCUGAACCUGAACACACCCUACGACUACAACUCCGUCAUGCAGUACCACAAGUACGCCUUCUCCGGGAACAACCAGCCCACGAUGGUUCCCAUCCCCAACGCCAACGUUGCGUUCGGCACGGCCAAUCAGAUGAGCAGGAACGACAUCAGCAGACUGAACACGCUGUACGGAUGUUAAACAGGAAGGAAACACGCUGGGUUUGUACUUCUGCUCCUGAUUCAAGUCUUUGAGUUAUCUCUGAAGUCUGUCACCUUUGUUAAAAUGUUGAUUUUCCUUCAACAGGAGAUGAAAACAAACCUGGUGCUCAAUCAGACAUCAAACCUGCUCUUCAUCCCCAAUAAACCUUCAAACACGC